UUUGCCCGUGUCAAACAAAAUGCAAUAAGUCUUCACAGAGGAGUACUAUUUUCUUGGGUAAACAAAUAGACCUACCCACUCAAAAUCCUUUCAAGUGGUCAAGCUUAUUCGAUACAUUUAGAUACAUGCGACUAAUAUACCGUCAUGUAUAUUCCAACUCAUCUGGCAUAGGGUCAUGGUAAUAGACGUUGGAAAUGCAUAUUAGAAAAUAAAUUUUCAUUGCAUAUGUACUGGCUCGAAUCCAUCUCAACAGACCUUGUUUCAUGAAAGUGUCAUCGAUUGUACAUCCCCAUGUAUGAAUGCGGGUAUACGGCCAAUAUCAUUUGCAAGGAUGUGUUGGAUAAGUGUGAUUUUGUGAAAAGAGUGCUACGACGUUAGAAGUCAAAUCAAUCCUGGAUUUCGGCGUUUCAUCAAGCUGCUUGUUAAAGACCCUAUGUCGUUACACACUUACAUUUCAAAUCAAUACAUCUUAUUUCAUCAAUCUGGAUGUGAUCGUAACAAUCAAUCAUGGAUUUCGUUUCAUCAUAAGCCCAAAGAGGAAAUAAAGUCGCAAAAGAUUGAUUGAAAGGUGACAUCAGAAAGAAAGAACAUAAAAAAGACAAACAAAUGGCGGCUUCUUUGAGGCCAUAUUUGGCAGGAUGGAUUUCUGGAGCAGUUGCCAUGACAAUUAUUUUUACUUUUACAGGUCCAGUCUACCUUGGUCCGAGAAUAACUCCCAGGUCAUUGCCUCAAAUCAGGGGUUCCAUCGCUGAUAGAGACGUAGUCGCCACCACCGACAUUGCUGAUGAAGAUGUAGAGGGCGCCACCGACAUUGUCCCAAGAAACAAGCGAAUGAUCUUGGCAACAACCAAUUCAGGCUUCCUGCACUUCACCAAGAACUGGCUAGAAAGCCUGAAACGCAGUGGUGUUCAGGACAGAAUUGUCAUCGUGGCCGAAGACGCUGCAUCGUUCAAAGCCAUCAAUGCUUUCACCGACUAUCCAAGCCUCGAGGUCAAACUAGCAGCCGAUGCCAAACAUCAUAAAGAAGGUGUUCUGAAGUUCAGCUCCGAAGGCUACCUUAAAUUUGUCAAUAAACGUCCUUCGUAUAUCUCUCACUUCCUCAAAAAAGGAUUUGACGUGCUCUUUUCUGACGUCGACAUCGUUCUUCUCCAGGAUCCUUUCCCACACUUUGACGAUGAUCUCGAUGUCACUCUCCAAAUGGAUGUCUGGAAGAAAGACAAUCACAACCAUUCGGAUGUCUUUUGUGCUGGCUUUGUGUAUUACCAAUCUACGAAUGCCACGCGGGAAUUCCUCAAGCGAUUCAUGGAGCGGAUAGCAGCAGACCCAAAGACCCCUGAUCAAGUGAUCCUUAACAGACUGCUUCGAGAAAGGGAUAUUAAAAAAAUGGUGCGGAUUCACCCAAUGAAUGGUGACCUUUUCGUCAGCGGACGAUACUAUUUCGACCAGUCGUGGAGGGCGCUACACACGGAACAGCAACCAGUGAUGAUUCACAACAACUGGAUUAAGAACUCAGCCUCAAAAGUUAAACGAUUUAAAGAACUGGGUUUAUGGUAUAUCUAAGCUAUAUUUGAUCGUUGAGGGCGCUGCAUACAGAACAACAGCCCAUGAUAAUUUACAAGAACUGGAUUAAGAACGCCGCCUCCGAAAUCAAAAGAUUAAAAGAACUUGGUUUCUGGUUUAUGCAAAGACCGUUCUUCAUAAUUAUGGCUAAGAUCGUGAAAACAAACCAUGGGGGAAAAAUUAUUUAAAAUAAGAAGCAAACCACUCUUUGGUAUUUGCCAAGGCGGACAUUUUCUUGCAUGUCUUACCUGAUUUCACUAUUGAUGCAAAAAAAUCCAAUCACCAUGAUAAUGGCUUAACAUUCUCGAUUUUUCGAUUUUUUUUU